UCUCUAGUUUUAAGGUGUUAAUACUUAUAUAUACUGUUUAUAUAUAUAUAUAUUGAACCAUUUACAUGGUUCUUUGAUGAUAGUGUCUCCAUUUCAUUAUUAUAGUAGUCUUGGUUAGAAAGUGGCUAUAGAAUUUAAUGAUGUGAUAUAUUAGUAAUAUUUAACAUUAUAAUUUUUUGUCUAGUUACUUGAAAUCUCUAAAUUGCAAAUUACAAAGAAAUAUAAACAUUGGUUAAGAUUUAAAGGGGAUCUAGUCUUGAUGUGUCUUCCUUUUGGACAUUAUGAACUUACUCAUGUAUAAAGAUCCCACAGAUAUCUUUGAAGUGUUGAUUGUCAAUAAGUCAAAACUGAUUAGCAUCAUCCUAACUAUUCAAUAGACAAAAUGAAAAUUAUAAAUACUCUUUACUUGUAAAUUAUUAAGUACAGUGCUAUCUCAGUUUUUGUCGAUAAUCUGUGUGAAAACAAUCAGAGAAAUCUGAAACCGACAAAAACCGAGGCAAUUAUUUCCAUAUAAAUUAAUGUAAAUCCAAGAAAUUCAUUCUAGACACUCCAAAAUACAUACCAAAACACAUUUUAUAGAGAAUAUUGUAUUUAAUACUAAAAACAAUAAGAAAAUAAUAUAAAACAAAUAUAAAAACUAAUUUAAGGAAUAAAUAAACAUUUAACAAAGUAUUUAACAUGGCAUUCACAGGGCUGCUGGCUCUGGAAACUUUCUUUUGACCCACGAUGGAGCUAAAAGGAAAGGAAAGCAAUGGAAUUGUUUGGCUAGACGCACAGGGUAAUUUUCACACAAUGAGAAACACCACCACACUGAGCAGGAAAACAUGUGGAAUGCCCUGUUUUCACAAAAUUAGCAGGAGGUCAUGUGGACAUGCCAACAAAAACUAAGAUAAAGUUUAACGAAAAAACCAAGACUACUGAUGAGAUAUUAGCCUUGUUGGAUGAGUAUGAAAGUGAUGAAGAAGCUAUUUUAUUAUACCAUAUGACAAAAGCUAUACCUGUGACAAAAGCAAGAAUGAAUUUAAAUGAAAUGACAGAUUCUGAUUGCUUGUUGUAUUUUCGAUUUUCAAGAGAUGAUUUGUUUCACCUCCAUUCUGCUUUACGCCUUCCAUCUGUAAUUAUUUGUAAAAAUGGAUCACGCUCACUUGGAAUUGAUGCAUUGUGUAUUUUUUUACGAAGAUUAGUUUAUCCUAAUAGACUUGAUGAUAUUUCUGUUUUGUUGGGGAGAACAAAAAGUGAACUUUCACGAUUUGUACAUGAAAUACUAAAUAUCAUUUAUAAUAGCCAUUCCAAAUUGUUAUCGAAUAUCGACGAAAUAAAACUAACAAGAGAAAAAUUAAAAUUAUUUAGCCAAGUAAUAACAGCAAAAGAUGCUCCUUUGACAAAUUGUUGGGGAUUCAUACAUGGAACGGAACAUCCUAUUUGUCGACCAAAAAAACAUCAAAGGGUGGUAUUCAGUGACCGUAAACGUACACAUUGUUUGAAAUUUCAAUCAGUGGUUACACCUGACGGUAUGAUUGCUAAUUUAUUUGGACCAUUAGAAGGAAGACGUCAUGACAGUGGAAUGUUAAGAGAAUCUAAUUUGUUAGAGCAUUUGGCCGAGCUGCCUUGUUCCGAGAGCGGGACCCAAUUUGUUUUAUAUGGAGUUUCUGGUUAUCCUUUGCGUCAACACCUCAUUACACCAUUCCGAGGCGCUAGUUUAACACCCGAGCAACAAGAAUUUAAUUCAAGGAUGAGUUCAGUAAGAGAGUGUGUGGAAUGGGUAUUUGGCAAAAUAGUUCAAACAUUUCCUUUUCUAGAUUUAAAAAAAAAUUGUAAAUUGUUUCUUCAGCCUGUUGGUAAACUUUAUAUAGUUGGUGCACUACUUACAAACUGUCACACUUGCUUAUAUGGUAGUGCAACAUCAGAUUAUUUUAAUUGUUUACCCCCCAAAUUGGACAAAUACUUAGAAUGUAAUCAAUAAAUAAUGAUUUUUGUUUUUUCAAUUUUAUUUUCAAUUUUCAAGUUAGGGAUGCCAUCGCCGCAUCCUCCAUUUUAUUACGCUUUUUGUACAUAGAACUAGAUUCUCCAACAUCAGUAGUGACAUCCUGCAUUGUUGAUUCAAAUUUAUUGAAAAUUAUUCAAAAUUACCAACAGCGCCAAAAGCAAAAGCAGACAAUAAAAUUAUUCAAAUUUAUUAAAAGCGCUGCCCACAUUGAAAUUCAAAAGAUGCUUGUUGGGAUUCCGGAAGUGCAGUCAUGACGGUGCACAUAGGGUAGGUUCUAUAUCUGGGCCCGUCUACUACCCAAAAGUUAAUACCUUAUCAUAAUACUGGUAGGAGUAAAUUUGUGCUUUUAAGGCAUCUAUCAUCCACAGCGUAAUACGUUUGUAAAUUUUUAGAUAUAUUUUUCCAAGUAGCUUUCGGAGUUUCAUCUGCAUACGGAUUUACAGCCACUACCUCCCUCAACAAAAUAUGUGAGAACAGGAAAAACGCAUUGGAAUUGUUCUACUGUAUCUUACGGUAGGAGAUACGACGCUAACUAAAGUCAAAAAUAAAUAUUUAGUGUUAUUAAACAUCCUAUAA